AUGACACCCGGCAACCCGAGCGAUGCGCCGCCGUUAAGUGGUGCCGCUAGUAUGCGUAUCUCGCCCGCCAGUAUCGAACAAGUCGACGUGCUCGCACGAAAGUUGUACAAGCGAGCACGAAUAAACCCCGAGCUUGAAGAGGCAGCAAAUGCAGUGCGCAGUCUACACGCCGUCCUAAAACAUCUAAAGUUCGAGGCUGAGGAUCCAGGAUCGCUAUUGAAUGUUGACAGCAGUGCUGUAUAUACGCGGCAGCUAACGCCCAUCCUCGAGGAUGCAGAGUUCGCGCUUAAGCAGCUAGACACCAUACUCGAUAAGAAAUAUGGAAGAGGCAGCGAUGACGGUAGUGCUGAUGGUGUUAGUAGAGGAAUGCAGAUGGAUGGAGAGAAAGGCUGGACGAUUUUAGAAAGCCGCGAACGCGAUAUGAUUAAUUUAAUUCUCACCAAGCUCAAAAAUCAGAAGCUAAACAUCGACAUGUUCCUCGAUACCGUCCAGCUUCAUAACCCGUCCAAAUCUCGUCGCCUAGUCGAUACGAAUAGUGCGGAUCUCGACUCUAUCAAGGAUAAGGUAGAUUUCAUCGCGUCUCGUAUAUGCCAACGAACGAAUUCGAAUUUGAGCGACGGUAACGAAGAUGAGCUUUGGGAGCAGUUUCGAGAUGAGCUAGAGCAAGCAGGUUUCUCUAAAGACGUGUUGCGUAAGAAUCAGGACGUCAUACGAGCCUACAUCCGCCAGUUAGACAAUCAACUCAGCGCCAACGGCGGCAGCACGCCUUCGGUGCGGGGACUUCUGGAGCAUUACCGCCCUCGAGGAGGAGGAGAGGGCGGGCUGCAAAUCACUCCGUACCCAAUGAAUUCUACCCCGGCCGAUUUCAGCCCGGAAGAAUUGCAGCCCAACAUCGAUGAGGAGAAGCUAUUUCCGUCGAUGAGGAUGAAGCGUUUGGACGACGAAGACGACAACAACAACACAAACAAUAAUAACAACAUCGAACGACAAGUAUCGAAACCGCCCAGCAUGCCAGAUUAUCCUACGAAUAUCUCUUAUGAUCGUUACUCACCAGGCGGCGAUGGCGUCGAUGAGCCGACGGCGCUCAUGUCCACGCGGGAGCUCAUGGCGUUUGAUAAACAGUCCAAUAUGGCUCUCGCGAUGGAAAACAUGCAUCUACAGUCACCGCCGAACCCGGCCGGCUCAAAUUACCACAUGUCUAUCUCCCCCACACCUAAUUAUCUUCCUCCUUCGGCCUCUCAGCCUACCCUACCGUCUUCCGCUCCGCAAGCCGCCCCCGACUCAUUCGGGACCCACCUGCACCGCCCCCCUCUUCCCCCAGCUGCUGUCAGCUCACCACCGACCCGCCGCCCGAAUUCCGUAUCUGUAGCCGAUGUAAGCCAACAUCAGCAACAAGCUCUUAUAGCUUCGACGCAGCGAAAUGCACGGCUGGCGCCCGAUAGCAAGGGCCGCGAGAUCCCACUGGAUGCCAAGUGGACUCGGAUCCCACGACGCCUAGUCUCUCCCGAUGUGCUGGCUGGUGCUGGGGUACGGUACGAAGCACGGCCGGAUUUUGUGGCAGUGCUAGGAGAACUGAGCCGAGACGAAGUAACCUACUUUGCUCACCGGACUGCCGAGGUGCGUGCUGCGAGAGGUCGGCGAACUAGUAAUACGCCUGCUACGACUACUGUGAUAAGCGGCGAUGGUGUAAAGGGAAGAAAGGUUGAUGAUAAGUAUCAUCCGGAUAAGUAUCGAAAUUGGGACGUUAUUGAAGAAGGGCGACAACGGCAGAGACGGAAGGAAGGAAAUAAGAACAGCCAUGAUACGGAUAGCAACGACGAUACUGACAACGACGGCGUAACUUACAUCGUCAACAACCGUAGUCGGCGACGAAAGGGGAGUACAGAUAGUACGGUGAGCGCGCUCUACGAUUCGAGUAACGACUCAGGAUCAUCGUAUGAGGAAACAGACUCCGAUGACAGAGACCAAGAAUCACAUGGCUCCUCAUCUUACUCUCAAUCAUAUCCACGCUCCGGCUCAUACCUGGAUGAUUACCAUCACUCCCGCUCACAGGCUCAUCGGCGCAGCUCCACCAUGCCUUCGACCUCCGCUAAAGGCAGAGUAGAUAACGAUGCCACAGACGGUCUAGACCGUAAAAGUAUCAAGGACAGGAACGAAAAGAGUACCAAGGCAUACCCAUACAUCGUGUCACCACCAGCCUCUACGAUCGGGAAGGACAAGGGCAAAGACAAAGAUACCGGCACUGGUACUAGCCCUGCUGCCACUGUAAAGCCGAAGCCUAUCCUCAAGAACAAGAAUGAUGACCCUCACGUUCGAAUCGACCCCAAUCCCCAAAUUAUUGAGGAAGGCUCAAGUUCUCUGCCACGGAGUCUACCUUCAUAUCGACGGAGCGAACGGGAGCGUCGAGAGCGGGAUAAAGACAGAGAUCGAGAUCGAGAGAGGAGUAAAGACAGGGAGAGGGAUAGAGAUGGAGGUAGAGAAAAAGACCGUGAUCGCGAUCGCGAUCGCGAUCGCGAGAAGAGAUAUCGCUCAGACAGGUAUACAGCAGGAGGACGAGAAAAAGAACGACAUACGGACCGCGAUCGUGACCGAGACCGGGGGGACCGAAUCCGAGAGAAAGAGUACUACUCAAACCGGGACCGCGACGAGGGCCGUUCCGAGUACCCGCACCGGCACCGCCAUCGGAGCCACGGCCACAGGUACCAUUCAUCAGGUGCUCCGAGGAAAGAACGAGAGCGGGAAUAUUACGACGACCACUACGUCAGCAGUAACAACCGGCUCCGAGAAGAUCGUACCUCCAAGAAGAAGGCCCGAGACGAGACGAUACGGGCCGUGGGUCUCGGGGGUGCGGCAGCUGCUAUGUUAAGCAUGCUGAGUGAGGCGACACUAUGA